GGAACAAAUAUAUAACUUGUAAUAACGACCAACCUUGACCUUACAGGUUGUUAUGUCACACGCCAAGUUAAAAAAUCGAAAAGCUCAGAUAUAAAUACAAUUCGACAUCAUAACAUUAUUCCCAUCAUCGUCGCCAUCAUCAUCAUCAUCUCUGCUGCAAACUGCCAAGGCAAAAAAAGAGAAAAUAAAUUAGCAGAGACCAAAAACAACAGAAAUUAACGAUGGCAGAGCUGGAGUGUCCGAGGAUGAUGUCCAAACUCAUCAACUUCCUCUCAUCUCUGUUAGAAAAAGUGGCUGAAUCCAACGAUCUGAAUUCUCAUUUACAGACCCAGAAAAUCUCAGUCUUCCAUGGCCUCACUAGGCCGACAAUCUCAAUCGAGAACUAUCUUGACCGGAUUUUCAAGUUCGCUAAUUGCAGCCCGUGUUGCUUCAUCGUUGCUUACAUUUACCUUGAUCGAUUCACUCAACGCCAGCCCGCUUUGCCCAUCAAUUCUUUGAAUGUUCAUCGCCUCCUCAUCACCUCUGUUAUGGUCGCUGCCAAAUUCAUGGAUGACAUGUACUACAAUAAUGCAUACUAUGCAAAAGUUGGAGGAAUCAGCACAACAGAGAUGAAUUUUCUUGAAGUGGAUUUCUUGUUUGGGCUGGGAUUCCAUUUGAAUGUCACCCCUUCAACUUUCUACACUUACUGUUCUUAUCUCCAGCGGGAAAUGCUAAUGCAGCCUUUUCCUUCCAUGAAUAAUAAUAACCAGGAAGAAUCAUCCACAAUGUACCACCCUGGAAAAUCAUCAAAAAAGAUGCAGUACUUGUGUUUCAACGAAGAUGAUUCAUCCCAUCAACAACAACAACAGCAACAGCAACUAGCUGUUUGAUUAAGUUUUUGUUUUCCAGUUUCUUUUUUUUUUUUUUUCUUGCUAUAGUUAGGCUAGAAUUAGUUUUAUUGUUAUGUUUUUAGCUAAAAACUCCAUCUCGAUCGAAUGUGUUCUGCUUUUCCUGGUAUUUUGCCCUGUAUUAAUCUGAUCUAUUUUUAAAUUGGAUCAAAAAGGCAUGUACAGUUGGGUGUUAAUUCUGUGUCUCGCCAUGGUAAUUCGUUCUCAUUACAACUUAUUUUGAUUUGCUACGCAUUAUCUGUCUCGCUUAUUGUAUAUGAAUAGGAGAGAAUACUCUGCUUUCAAUCCCAAUUAGGAAUUGAGAUCAGUGUGAGUUGUAAAUUACUAAUAACAUUGUUUGAAAAUUACAGUACUAGAAAAGAUGCUAUUUUUGUUUUGAAGGAAGUCACGAAAUCGGGAAAAAAAAAAGAUUAAAAAAAAUCACAGGCUGGCAAAAGUUCAUUGCUGGAGGCCCAAUCUGGAAAGGGACAUGAAUGGUGAAAGGACCUCCAUCGGUUGGGGACAUCAUGGGCAACUGGGUAUGCAGGUGUGGCCAUGGGGGACUGUGGAGACAAAUAGUGUUCUUUUCCUUUUCGUUCUUUCUUUUCUUUCGUUCGUUCUUUCUUUUUUUUUUCUU